AUGGCGAGGCCACGGUUGAUACCGCUCUGUGCCCUUCUAGGAGUCCUAUUCUCAGGGUUUCUUCCGAAACUCGAUGCUCAGGAAGCACAAGAAUCCGCAGACCUUGUACUCUUAAUUGAUGGAUCGCAGAACGUUGGAGCAGCAAACUUUCAAUACGUGCGUGAUUUGGCAUUGAGAAUUGUUGAGCGCCUCGAUGUUGGCAGAGAAACCAUUCGGGUGGCCUUAGCCCUGUACCACGCCAACCCCGAGAUUAAGUUCUAUCUCAGUACAUAUGAGAGCAAAGCCUCCAUCCUGGAGGCUGUAAAGGAACUUAAAUACUCAGGGGGUCCCCAAUCUAACCUGGGCCGAGCCUUGGAAGUUGCCCAAAGCCUUUUGAGCCAGUCGUCAGGGGGCAGGGCAGAGGAGGGCGUACCCCAGAUGGUGGUUGUUGUCAGUGCUGGGCCAUCCACUGAUGAUACCGGGGCUGGCGACCGGGCUCUUAAGAGGGCCGGAGUUAUCACUCUUGGCGUGGUCAUCGGUAACACCGCCACGGCAGAUUUGGAAGCAGUGGCUACCCAUGAGUCGUUUGUCCUGUCGGCCCCUGAUUUCAGAUCAGUGGCAGGCAUGGGUGACCAGCUGUCGCCAUUGAUUCAGGGUGUGAUUGAUCGCUCCAUAAUAGUACAGAAUGAGUUCACAGAAGUUGUGGCUGUUGAACCAAGAGACAUCAUUUUCCUCCUUGACAGCACAAUGGGUGCCACCAUUAUCAACUCCAUACGUGAGUUCAUCCGGAGGUUCGUCAACAGCAUGCCCAUUGGCCCGGACGGUGUUCAAGUGGGUGUGGCCCAGUUCAGCAAUGCCCCCCGACUGGAGAUCGAUCUCAACUCUUACGGAUCUCGGGAUGAACUCAUGGCCGCUUUGGGUCGAAUCAAACCCAGACCGGGCCAGACAAUUAAUAUCGGGGCUGCCUUGGACUUUGUGAGGACUAACAUGAUUCGACCCGAGAAGGGCAGUCGCCUUCAACGAGGCGUCCCGCAGCUUGUUCUCUUGAUGACCACCAAAAUGUCUUCUGAUGAUGUCAGGGGCCCGGCCAGGGCUCUGCAGCAAAUGGGCGUGCUGACCUUGGCCGCCGGUUCCAAGUCAGCCAACGAGCAAGAGCUGAAGGAGAUCGCCUUUGACGAGAGUUUCGUUUUCAUGAUGAAGGACUUCCGCGCGAUACUACGCAACCCUAAGAUGAUCAUUACUCCGCUUUCCACUCUGGCCGGCAUCGUGGUGACUGAAGAGCCUACUGAGCCAGUGGUGGAAAUAACAACGGUGCAGACCCAAAGGGUAGUCAGAGACAUUGUCUUCCUCGUAGAUGGCUCCAACUACAUUGGGAGCGGCAACUUUCCAUAUGUGCGAGACUUCAUGAUUAAUGUGGUCAAUCAACUUGAUGUCAGCCCCGACAGGGUCCAAAUUGGCCUCAUGCAGUUUGCCGAGCAGCCCAAAAUUGAAUUUUAUCUCAACACUGCUCGCGACAGACAAGAUGUAGUGAACAGAAUCUCCCAACUCAGACUGACAGGAGGCUCUGUUUUGAAUACGGGUGCUGCCAUGGAAUACGCCCUGCGCAACAUGUUCAGUCCAGGAAGUGGCUCGCGUAAGAGGCAAGGAGUCCAGCAGGUGCUGGUCCUCAUCACAGGUGGUCCAGCCCAGGACGAGAUGAAGAGUGUCGCUGAUAAGCUGGCUCUCGGAGGAGUUCUGACCUUUGUGGUCAGUUCAGGACAAGCAGACCAGGCAGUGCUGCAAACAGUUGCCUUUGUUCCAGACUUGGCUUACCAUGAGUCAAGUUUCACCUAUUUGCCGGCAAUGGCUGAACAAAUCAUGCCAAAAUUAAUAACAGUGGUCGGUGAUACUGAAGAAGAAACUGGUGAGUGUUUUUUGGCUGGAAUUGAAAGGGAUGUCGCCUUCCUUAUUGAUGGAACCGACUCCGUUCGAGCAGACUUUGGUUACGUCCGGGAUUUUAUCCUCAAAGUCAUUCAACCACUUGACAUCGGGAGUGACAAAGUGCGAGUUGCAGUGGUUCAGCAUAGCGAAAGUCCGACUCCUAAUUUCUACCUGAACACCUAUCAGACCAAAGAGGAGGUUAUCAGUGCAGUCAGUCAAAUGGCACUGGCCGGAGGACGCAGUCUCAACACGGGUUCAGCUCUGAAAUUCAUGCGGGACACUAUCUUGUCUGAAAGAUAUGGCAGCCGCCGGGCGCGGAGUGUACCGCAAUUUUUGAUCGUUCUGACUGGAAGCAGAUCCAGGGAUAACGUGAAGGAGCCUGCUGGUGCACUUAAGACUGAGGGGGUUGUGCCGUUUGGUGUCGGAGUCAAGGAUGCGGACCGUAGGCAGAUUGAAGAGAUUUCACACAACCCUUCCUUUGCUUUCAAAGUGAAGGAAUUUAGUGAACUUGACACCGUGCCUCAACAACUUAAUACCUACGUGACACUACCAGCAGCAGAGCUCGACAUCGUCCUACGAGAAGUACAAGGUCACGCUGUUAAAAGAGAUAUCGUGUUCUUAAUGGAUGGCUCUGAAAACACCAGAAACAGCUUCUCAGACAUAAAACUCUUUCUUAAGAAUAUACUGGAGAGUCUGUAUCUCAGUGAGAACCAAGACAGGGUGUCUGUGAUUCAAUUUGCGGAUAAGCCCCAUGUAAACUUUUAUCUGAACUCCCACAAGACCAAGAGUGAAGUUAUGAAUGCCAUUGGAAAUUUAAGGCAUGGUGGAGGUGGGAAGCGCCUUAAUGUUGGGGCUGCAAUGCAGUUUGUGAGACACAGUGUCUUUACUUCCUCCUCUGGCAGCAGGAGACUGGAAGGCGUGCCGCAAAUUUUGAUCUUUCUAGCCACCAAACCAUCCACAGAUGACGUUAGCAGCCCAGCUCGCGCGCUUAAGGACCACGACAUUGUCUCCUUGGGGGUCGGAGUGGGCGAUGCUGAUUUUUCAGAUUUGGAAACGGUUGCCUUUGAACCUGGCUUCAUAUACAAAGUCACUCGUAUAACUGAGUUGCCCUCUAUCCAGUCUGAAAUUAUUGCUGCACUUUAUGCAAGUAAAGAUGCCACAGAAUCCACAACAUAUGAUUUAAUAGACCAGGGGUAG